ACACAUUGUCAUGUCAUUGUAAAGCUUACAGAAUAUUUGAUAAAUAUUCGCUGUCUUUGGCUGAAGACAUCUGUUAUGACGUCGUAACGUGUUGUUUUCACUGUCAUCGCUAUUAUCAGACGCACAGCUGAUUCCUGUAGAAAAUGCCUCGAAUCACAAACUUUUGCAAGAAACAUCAUGAAGCGCAAAAAAUAAUAGUAUAAUUGUUGACUUACAAUGUUUGAAACUCGUAAAACCCCAAAGUAUUAUUACAGGUUAAAUAUCAGUUUUCGUGUCACUACCCUUGAGACAUUCCUAUUUCUCUUCUGGAAGAGCUAUGUAUCCUGUCGAUCUGCCAGCUGUGGGGGACACCGAGCUGACAUCCGCAUCUGAAAAUUACCUAGCUUCACUGAACGCAACACAUUCCUGCAACGAGUGGUUUCGGUCAUUACUUACGUCAAAAGAGAUUGCUGUAACACCAGCCAACAUCAGACAGCUCCAGCUGUUUGAGGACGAACAUCCGGCCUGUACUGUGCUGGCGCUUCACCCUCCACAUGAUCAAACACAGGUCUUAGCUUUAUACUUGCACAAGAAGUGGUGGCCUUUGGACGACGUGCUGCAGACCUCCAGUGAAUCCAGAAGUGGCUUGCAGCCAGUGCAGUCCAUUAUGGAGAGGUUGAUUGUGUUCCUGCUCAGUCAGGUGGUGGACAGGCCUCGGUCACAUGGAGAGGUGUCGUUCUCCCUGCAUCCACCCACAGAAACCUGCAAAGUGCUGUGGAAGGAUGGACAGGCGGUCGGCUUCUACACCAUCAAACACAAAGGCAGACUCUGUGACAGCUGGAGCAGCCGCUGCUACCUGCUGCCUGUCCUGGACACUGUGCUGGUGAGGAGAAGAUGGAGGAGGAGAGGCUUCGGCCUUCACAUCCUGCAUGACUUCUGCUCCUCUUUCUCCUCGGAGGAGUUCCUCGGAGUCAGCUCUCCCUUGUCGUCCGGCAUGGUGGCAGUGAUCAGGAAGUUCCUGCAGCAGCAUGAGGAACAUCGGGCGCGUCUGUAUGAGGUGGAGGCUCCAGGAGGAUGGACUCAGAGAAGAAACAUCUGGCUCAACAUCCAACUUGGUCGCUACGCUUCUGAGCAGACUAGUCCAGCUGUCCUGACCCCAGUCAGUCCCUGUAACUCGAACGCUCCCCUGACAACGGCCUCUGCUCAGCUCUGUGAUGUGUACCAGGAAGAUAGCUCCCCGAGCAGCAAGCUCUCUGGGACAGGAUGUUGCUCUUCAGUCCGCACUGAUAUUCUGGAUUUUAAAGCCCCCAGCGGGCCCCAAUGUUUAAAAGAAAGUCUGAAAUGGAAGGAAGCUUCAUCAAGGAAGCCUAGCAUAGAAAGCCCAGGGGAGAUGCAAAGAAGGUCCAAAAGAGCCAGAAGAACAUCCAUCAACAAGUGAAAAUACAAACAUAUUGCACAACAUCACUCUCUAGAGGGGACUGUUCUUUUCCUGGUGAGUGAGGGGCACAUGAAAGGGCUUUCAAAUAUCAAAAUGAGAAAAUACUCUCUUCUGUGCAGAUUUUGUCUUUCUGAAUUUCUUUCUUUCUCAAGACAGGCAAAACAUUUUAGCUUUUUGGAGUUCACCUGUUCCAUUUUUCUGUUCAUUCUGUGGUAAUUUUAUCCCCUACCUCUUUCCUUAAGCUUCUUGUAAUUCUGAAUAUUUUAUUAUUUUACCUUAAAAGUCCUGUUUUGGUGAAGGCAACUCAACUAUCAUCAGAUAGAACACUGAAGACAGACAGACCUGUCUGUUAUUUUGUUUUAUGUAAUUUAUGUAAAAUAAAACUACGGAGCAAUACAGAUCUAUAUAAAAAUAUUUCCUAUGCUCCCAUAUUUAUAUAGCAUUAAGUGUAUCUGGGAUCCAUCAAAUCUGUGUCCGUUUCUCUAAUAACUUUUCCUUAAAAAUUUGCUCUGGAAAAUAUCACAUACCAGACUGCAUGACGUAAUGACGCAUUUAAAAUCCACUUAAAUAAAACCUGUUAUUCAGUCA